AUGAUGAAGAGGAACAAUAUGAACACAAACUUGAAAGGCUAUCAUCAAACUUAUUACAAUAGUCCUAUUAUCAGCAACAAGAGUCCUUCUCAUUGUAGUAAUAAUGGAUCGUCUUCGGAGGAUUACAUGAUGAAUGGUUUUCAUCCAUGGCCACCGAGAUCAUACACGUGUAGCUUUUGUAGAAAAGAAUUCAAAUCAGCUCAAGCACUUGGUGGUCACAUGAAUGUUCAUAGAAGAGAUAGAGCAAGGCUUAGAGAAUCAUCACCACCAACAAGUCAUCAUGAACUUCAAACUCAAACUCAAACUCAAGGUUCUUCUAUGCUUAACCUUAAUAAUAACCCUACUAACCCUAAUAACUUUUUCUCAAACUCAUCGUUGUUGCAACAAUCUUCAUCUUCUUCUUCCUCUUUAGCAACAACUCUUAAGCCUAUUACUUGCACGUUACCUUUGUUUGUUGUGGAUGGUAUUUUGUUGAACCCUAGUUUGAGUACAAUGAGUUCGGAGAAAUCGAAGAUGGAAGAAUGUGAUGUUUUUGCAUGUGAAGAUGAUCAUGACUGUAGAAUGUUGAAGAAAGGUGAGAAUAUUAUAAGGAUGGAUUUGGAGAUAGGUUUGCCUGGUGAUUAUGAUAACUUGGAUCUUGAGCUUCGUUUGGGUACUACUGCUUAUUCUAAUUAG